CGGGGAUUAACACGACGCGAUAUACACCAGUCACGUGGUACGCGUAGCACAGGCAAAUCGCGAAGUGUGCCAGUGGCUGCAGCUGCUGCCGCCGUACGCAUCCGUAUUCCCGACAAGCCCGCUGGACGCGGCCGCCCACUCAUCGUUCCAAGCUCCAUUGCUAUCCUUGUGCUUGGACAUGCUCAGGACGUCCCUCUUUCGGCCGUCAUUUCACUGUGCCUCCUGCUUGUCUGCUCCCCGACUCGUCCCCAUCCACCAUGCAUUCCGCGCUCGCGCUCAGCUUAGGCUCAAAAUCACCAAUGCGGCGCCACCUCCCAAACCAUCCGAUGAGACUCAGCCGGGGCCUUCGCAACCUCGAGAGCAAGAGAAGAUAGCCUCGUCCAACGUCGAUGCCAUCGCGGAGGUGCGAGAACGGGUGCAGCAGUGGACAACACACACGGCUACCGCCGCGCGCCGGCGGAUAGACCAGUUCACUGCGGAUGUAGCGCGGUCCUUCUCUCAGCUGGGGAAGGAGAUCAACAAGGCGACAGGGUAUGGGGAGAUCGAGGAGCUGAAGAGACGAGUCGUGACACAGGAGGGGCGGAUCGAGGCCGUCCGACGGGAAGCCCGUGAAGCAAAGGAGGCAUACGACUCCGCCGUGCGGCUACGGGCGUCCUCACAACGCGAGGUGAAUGACCUGCUGCAGCGCAAGUCGACUUGGUCGGACCAGGACGUAAUCCGGUUCACAGAGCUCGUGCGCAAGGACCACCUGCACGAGCAGGAGGAGACGCGCGCGAAGCUAGCCGCGUCGGUGGCGGAGGACGCGGUCGAGCGCGAGUUCAGCGAGCUCAUGCGCGUUAUCCUGAACCGCUACCACGAGGAGCAGGCGUGGUCGGACAAGAUCCGCAGCGCGUCGACGUACGGCUCGCUCGCGGUCAUGGGCGUGAACAUGCUCGUAUUCGUGCUCGCGAUCGUCUUGGUCGAGCCGUGGAAGCGCAAAAGGCUCGCGCAGACGUUCGAGCGCAAGGUCGAGGAGAUGUCGGCGGAGAACGCGGCGAUGCUCGAGGGCAAGGCGGAUGCAUUGGUGCAGCGGAUGGAGGCCCAGGACCGCGUGUUGUCGCAGAUCAUGGAGACGGUGUACUACUCGACCCAGCCGUCUGUGGCCUCGACGGUAGUCGCAGCUGCUGACGACGGUGGACGUGCUGCAGAGCGGACUCGGACUCUACACAUACUGACUUCUGAUCGCGCUGUUGCCUUUGCGAUCGCGUCAAGCGCAACAGUCGCUGCAAUUGUAGGCUGGCUAGCCCGUAGUUGGUAUAGUUAGUAACAAUGCAUUUGAAGCAGCAGCUACUAUCAA